CAGGAACUCACAGUCUCUGUUUGCUCAUGAGAGACAGUGAGUCUUCCAAUUGAGAGGCUCUAAAGCCUCUCUGCUUCCUGUUUCAUUUUCUCUUCCCAGUACUGGCACCUGCCUCGGACUUCUGGGCUUUCACAUUUCAGAUUAACCUUGCUGCUCCAUCAUGGCAAGCCUAAAGGGAGCCAGCAAACUACUGGAGGAUGUGAUCUGCCCCAUCUGCAUGGAUAUUCUACAGAAUCCUGUCACCAUUGACUGUGGGCACAACUUCUGCCUGCAGUGCAUCAGUCAGGUUGGGAAAACUACAGAAAACCUCCAAUGUCCGCUCUGCAAACUCCCUGUGAAUAAGAAUGCGUUCAGGCCCAAUAAGCUGUUGGCUAGUAUUGCAGAGAAAAUCCAGGCUAUGGAUCCUGCUGAAGAACAAACAGAAGAAGAAACAAGAUGUCCGAAGCACAAGGAAAAGAUACAUUACUUCUGUGAGAAGGAUAAAGAAUUCCUCUGCUUGGUGUGUCGUGACUCCAGGGACCACAAAACACACGAAGUUACUGUGUUAGAUGAGGCUGCCCAGAACUACAAGGUGCAGAUUGAGACAGAGGUCCAGGUCUUGGGACAAAAGGACAAGGAAAUAAUUAAAGAGAAGAAGAAAGGUGAAGGAGCAAUCCAGGUGUUCAGGGUAAGAAAUAUUCACUCCAAAUAUUUCUGGGGAAGAUGAGCAUCUCUGUUGAGGAAAUGUUGAGCACUCUUUAUACACCAGGCUGGGACAAAGUCCUG